AUCUUUAAUUCCAACUGAACAGUGAAGGUGCGGGUGGUGGGCAUGCUCCAGAUAUCAUCAAAGUAUGUGGUGUCAAAAAUGUCAUCCCGUCUUCAACCAACCCGACGCGGCCAUAUACAAUAAAUACCAUAGAUGAACAUCUUGAUAUGUUGAUGGUUUGCCAUCAUCUCGACAAGAACAUUCCAGAAGAUGUAGCUUUUGCCGAGUCAAGGAUAAGGGCUGAAACAAUAGCUGCUGAGGACAUAUUGCAUGAUAUCGGUGCAAUUAGCAUCAUCUCUUCUGACUCACAAGCCAUGGGUCGCAUUGGAGAGGUGAUAAGCAGAACUUGGCAAACUGCUGAUAAGAUGAAGGCGCAGAGGGGACCCCUUGAUCCUCGUGCAGCCGAUGAUGAUAACUUGAGGAUAAAGCGAUAUGUUGCGAAGUACACUAUAAAUCCAGCUAUAACAAAUGGGUUCAAUAAUUUUAUCGGCUCGGUGGAGGAGAAGAAGCUGGCUGAUCUGGUUUUAUGGAAGCCAGCAUUCUUUGGAGCAAAACCAGAAAUGGUAAUAAAAGGCGGUAAAAUCGCUUGGGCCAAUAUGGGCGAUCCAAAUGCUAGCAUACCAACUCCUGAACCGGUGAUAUCAAGACCUAUGUUUGGAGCAUUCGGCAAGGCUGGAAGUGAAAACUCCAUAGUUUUUGUUAGCAAGGCUGCUCUAAGAAACGGGGUAAAAGAGGCAUACGGGCUUAAGAAGAGAGUGGAAGCGGUGUCUGGAGUUAGGGGACUCACGAAACUCAACAUGAAACUGAACGAUUCCCUUCCCGAGAUCGCAGUGGAUCCCGAGACGUACGUAGUUAAAGCAGACGGCGAAAUCCUCACCUGCUCUCCAGCCACUUCGGUCCCUCUCUCUCGGAACUACUUCCUCUUUUAGGAUCCUUUCCAUAGCCAUCACUCAAAACAGCAUCUUCUUUUCUAAGGGCAUGAGACAACUGGGUCAAAAGUAUCAUCAGUGAGGAAGGGAGCAACUUUUUCUAGAGAACAGCGACGGGAGACAGUCGUUGGUGGUGCCAUUUCUUCUCUUGGAACACACAAUUUCAGAUGGUGCGUGUCACUUUCUUCUUCCAAUUUCUCUAUUUCGUAUUUGGAAUCUGUUUUCGGGGUUCUUAAAACACAUAAUAGCUGAGAUAGAUGGAAACCACUAAGGAUAAUGACUGCGUUUGCAACAUGGAUACCUAUGUUGACUUUUCUUAGUUUACGAAGAGAAACAUAUUUCUAUAGGCCACAUGGGUUUCAUGUGUCCGUAAAUUAUCAAGAUUUGGCGUCUUAAACA